AUGGCUAUUCCAUCGGACCUCAGUUAUCUCCACACUCCAGCAAAUAAACCCUACAACUAUACCACAGUUGCCCAGGCAGCACGAAAAAAUGCUCAAUUACGUCCAAAUCAAGAAAUCUUAGUCCUUAGAGAAUUGGACGGGUCACGAUCAAGUUUGACCAAUGCCAGUCUGUACCAACAGGCAGGACACCUGGCUAGAUACCUGGUGAAACAAGGAAUUAAGAAAGGCGAAACUGUGGCCUUGUUAGGCCCGAAUACACUAGAGAUGGCAAUUGCGACCUUAGGAAUAAUAAAAGCUGGAGCUGUUGUCUUCACUAUCGUUCUCAACAUGAAAAAAGAAGAUGUAAUGGCACAACUUCAAAUUGUCAAUGCCAAACUCAUCUUGGUCGAUUGUGGUAAAAAUGACAGUUUUCUUCAUUCUUUUAAGUCUAUACUGGAUAACUGCGGAGCUCUCACAGCAGAUCCAUCUACUGAGCAUGAUAUUAAAGUACUUUUUCUUAGAGAAACAGAUUUAUACAAUUUGCCAGUUUUAAAUCAAAAUAUGCUAUCACAAAAUAUAGCAGAAGCGGAACUCCCACAUAUCUAUCCAGAAGACAAUGUGAUAAUAUUAUCAACAUCAGGAAGUACCGGCAUACCAAAGAUGGUUUGUCAUUCCAACUUUGACCGUGCAAACAUCGCGAAAUGUUCAUCAGAGAACUACCAGCGUAUUAUUUUCAAUGACAGGUUAUUCUUCUGGGCGUUAGGAUCCAUUGUAAAUAAUAUCAUGCGAAGCAAAACUAGGGUAUUUUUGGAAACAAGUGUGACAUUGAACAGUCCAAAUAUAGAUUUUACCUGGCGUAUUUUGAAAGAAGAGAGAUGUUCGGACGCUUUGCUUCCGGCUCCAGAAAUCCGCAAAUUACUUGAAUUAUCAAAGUCUGUUACAAUGGACGGAAUUAGGCUGAAACAUAUAUUUACUGGCGGCCAGAUCAUUGGUAAGUACUGUACUGGAGCAUUAGGGCAACUCUGUCAGAAAUUUGUGGUUUUAUAUGGCGCAACUGAGUGUCAAGGCAUCUGUUUGAAAACCAUAAGUGAUUGCCACGAACUUCUUCAGGCUGGAGAUGUUGGUGAACCCGUCGCGGGGGUUGAAAUCAGGGUCGUUGACAACCAAGAUAAUCCAAUCAAAAGGGGUUUAACUGGUAAAAUCCAGGUACGCUCACCGUUGGCAAUGACGGGAUAUGUUUCCAACCCAGAGAAAACAAAAGAGGUUUUUACAGAAGAGCAAUGGUAUAGAACAGGCGAUAUCGGUAAGGUCUCAUUAGAUGGCAAUCUCAUUAUUCAGGGAAGAGAGGCUGAGAUUAUAGACAGAGAUGCAAAGAGGAUAUAUCCUAGCAUGUUGGAGGCCGUUCUUAAAGACAUGGAAGCAAUCAAAGAAGUAUGCGUGGUACCUGUUCCGGAUAAAAAGCUGUAUGAAGAGGUUUGCGUGUGCUUUGUACCUUUCGGGAAACUCACCCCGGAGGAUGUUAAACAGUUUUUCAAGGAAAAUUAUUUCAAGGCGAAAACUUUCGGCGGGUUGAACGAAAUUCCGCCUUAUUUCUUAAAGUUUGAAACAUUUCCGAAAUUAGGAUCUGGCAAACUUGACAAAAAAGCGAUACGUCAACAAGCCACUUCAACAUUAGAAUUGACAAUGGAAUAUGACAAUUAAACGAUGAGAAUAACAACAUCGAAAAUAAGUGCAUGAAAUAAAGUAUAUCAACGUGUAAAAAUGGACGUUUUAGUUGACUGGGAAAACAGGUAAAAAAAACUCCAUUUAUAGUUAAUGUCAACGUUUUCAGUGUUUAUAAUGUUUUACGUAAACCUGCUUGUAUUUGUUGAAUGUCGACUUUUGCAACCAACUAAACGAUACUCAAAUCAAUUAAUUAUCACAAAAACAAAUUCCCAGUAUAUUCAUAAAGCACAUGGGAUAUCUGUUAUUUGACAAUUUCCGUGUACCGAGAGGUUGAAAUUAAAACCAGAGGACCCUCAAGGAUAUAAUCUGGCAUGGUUUGAAAGAUAAAAUCAAUAACAAAAAGUCUAAAUGAGAACUUUUCGUUAUAAAAUGAGGAGAUUUUUGUGUGCAUUGUAAUUUUCGUGUAACUCACUCCAGACAGAAUACCGACAGCUGGCUAAGCGAAUCAUCACUCUGAAUUAAACUAUGUAGUAAUGUAAGCUGUUCUGACAUCAUGUCUGGCAUAUGAUAUUUCUAAUAACCCAAAGCAGAUGAGAUAGCGAUGGAAAUGAACAAGUUAGAAGCUCGCAUUGAGACACUUAUUUAGGAGGAUAGUUUUGGGGCCUGUGUACCAACCACACGUGCUACUUUCUCUUUUGAUCGAUACCAUGACCAUUUCGGUUUGGUAAGUUAUGAUGGAUACGAAUCGAAACCGUGGCAUAUACGAGGGCUGAUUGAUAUAUAGUCAGAGAAUAAUAGGAUUUUAAAAUGAUAUCCUUGAGUACCUCAUUUAAUACGAGGCUCACAACUUAGCAAUCAGCCAUCGUAGCUGAGAUUUUUACUCCCUAGGAUAAGCAGAAUGCAUGGGUAGUUGAUUUGGGGAAGAGGUGUUGAGCUAAGUAAUAUUAAUUGCGCUUUCCCCAGUUGUUCCCGGUUAGAGAGGCCAGCGAGUUUAGUGGUCCAAUAUUUUUCAUGAAAAGCUGUAGAUACAUGUAGUUGGAUGUAAAGUAAUCAAUACCGAAGAAUUAUUUAUGGAUGUAUAAGGAAUUACUUUUAUUCAAUAUGCACAUAUUAUUCAUACAUCUACUGUUGUUAUUUUUUGAACUUUUGUGACAUGAUAUAAAGCUGUUUAUCUAAGCGAUGAGAUAGUAAAAAUACCGUAAACGUAUGUACAAGUUAUUGUACGAAAAUAUGUUUAGAUACAACAGAGAAAUAAUGCGACAGUGUCAAUGCAGGCAAUCGUAGGAUUUGUGUAAGAAGUAACUACACGAUAUGUUUGUCUAAAAUGUGAGAUAUCAAAUAAACAUUAGUUACAUUCUCUGAUACUAGUAGUAUUUGUCUUGGCCUGCUGAUUACAGUGCGUUAAAACUGAUGAGUCUGGAAACUUCUCUUUAAAACUACAUAAAUAUUUAGAGACAAGAGUUUGACGAAUUUUCAACUGUAGCAGAAGUUUUAUUUGUAAUAUCCCAAAAUGUGCUUCAUCUAUCUCCAUUCUACUCGACAAAUGUCAGAAUUAGAAAAUGCUAUUAAAACCGUCUGUAACGGUAUAAUGGGUGCAACGUAUUAUAUGAUUCAAAUAACAUUUCAUAUUGUUACCUUCUGUCCCUAGGUUCAUGAUAUUAAAUAUUUUCUACUGUUUCCCGGGAAAUUUGAUAGAAAAUGGUAACAUGACAGUCAGUAGACAAAAUGCUGACCGGCCUGGGACAUCCGAAGGCGCUCAAGCAUUGAAAUUGAUAUUAUCAAGGGUCUUUCUUAUCACAAUUACCGUGGUAACAGGAAUGUCUGCUUCCAGCAGAUUUCAUGAUAUAUCAGACGAGGAUCUUUUAAAUGGCUAAUAUUUGAUUAAUUGUUUGAUAUAUUCAGAUUACAGAACGGUUGUAUCAUGCCUUUAAUAUCAAUCAACAACAUAAAUCCCACCAGGUGUCGUGGCCAGACCGAUGUUUCCGAGACUGACUGAUAAGGAAUAAACAAAUGUAUAUUA